GUUCACAGUCUGACAAUUUGCCCGGACUCCUGCCUCGCAUUGUGUCCCAUUUCUUUCUCCUAACUUCACUCGGGAGUUCUUGGCGUCGCUAAAUCAACUUCGUGAACGUUUACCUUUCUUCCGGCUGUUGUUGUUUUCGGAAUGUGACCCGCUUCUGGAUGGAAAGCCGCUAACAAGUGGCAGCCAGCCCACGUCAGCUAGCGGCUAGCUGUGUUAGCUCGUCUCAUUGUUUGCAUUGGCGAAGAGAAGCUGCUGACUUUUAGCGGUAUGACGUCUGCCUCUGCUAAGGUGGGCGAGAUCUUCUCGGCGGCCGGCGCAGCUUUCAGCAAACUGGGCGAGCUGACCAUGCAGCUGCACCCGGUGUCCGACAGCAGCCCCGCAGGGGCCAAAUGGACGGAGACGGAGAUCGAGAUGCUGCGCUUGGCCGUGCGGCGAUUCGGCGACGACCUCAACAGCAUCAGCAGCGUGAUUAAAGAUCGCACCGUCGCUCAGAUCAAGAGCACGGUGAAGAGGAAGUUGUACGAGGACAGCCGGGUGCCGCUUUCUGUCGACUCCCCCAAGAAGAGCACCAAGAAAGCCGUCGCCCCCGCCUCGCCCGCUCUGCCGCCCGGCGCCGUGCCCGCCUCGCAGGUCGUCGUAGCGACGGGAAUGCAGAGCGGAGCCUCCCUGGCCCCGCCCAUCAAGAAGCAGAAGACGGCAGACGUGACGCUGAGCGCGCUCAACGACUCGGACGUCAACAGCGACCUGGUGGACAUGGACGGACUCGGCAAGAAGCUCAACUUCGACCAGGAGAAUCUCAACCUGGAUUCCAGCCUCAUCAUCAACCCCGGAGACCUGCCGCUGCUGUCCCGCUGACCGGUCGGCGCCGCCUGCAGGUUUUUAGCAGAUCUCCAAUUGUAACAAUAAGAUAAUAAAUGUUCGCAUCGUUUAUGCUUGCUCUGCUCGUCAAAUGUUUCAUAAACAUGAGCGCGACAAUCAUUUCUGCAAACAUCGAGUGAGAUUCUGUUCUGAUAAAAGCGCUUUUGUGAUAGCCACGCCCCCUGUGAAGCAUGCCGGCUGAUGGACGAAAUGAUCAAUGAUGAUUAUCCAGAGUCGACCUUGUUGUAUUUUCAGAAGGUUGCAUAAAAAUAUUUCACAAGUUGUUCUUUUUGCUCUUUGAAAUGUUAAAAAAAAAAAUUAUAUUUCCUUCUUGUGCCUUGACUUCAUCAAGUCACUUUUUCUUUACACAAACUCGUCGUCCUCCAACGUCGCGAUGGAAACGCCAAACGUUCUGUCAAUGUCAUUCGGAGGCUGACGUGCGAAAUCCAGGACGGAGGAAGCGGGUCGUCGCUUUCGGCGGCGUCUUUGGCACCAAAACUUUCCCAAGCGCAAAAAGUCCAAAUGCAAACUGACGGGAAAACAGUUUGACGUCAGCGAACGUUUUCUCUGCCGCGACUGGACAAACGUGUCCUUUCGUUGUUGACCUUUUCUUGUUGCCGCCAGAGAAUGUUCAUCGAAAUAGUUGGACUUGGAUGUUAACAACAUGCUAAGCUAAAGUACUGUGCAGAAGUCGUUAGUCCACCUCUACAUUUUGGGUAUUAACAAUGCCAUAAACGCAAUGACAUCUUAAGAGUACAGUAAAGCCCCGCCAUAUCAACGGAUGGUUAAUUUUAAGCGCAUGAAGAGGAAAAAGAAGGUCUCCAACUAAACUCCAGCAAUAUCUGUUGAGCACACAGUGCGGAGAGAAUAUAUGGCUGUGAGUUUGGGCUAAAGACUUCUGCACGGCCCUGUACACCAGUGGUUCUCAAACUGGGCGUCACAAAAUAAUUUUGCGCGAUUAGAUAGAAUAUAGUCGUAUUGCUUCAGUGUGUCCUUUGCCAAAUAAAAGACAAUGUAAGAAUGCAAUUUUGAAUUUCACUUGUUCAAAACCAUCCCAAACCCUCGUUAAACUGACU